AUGGAUUCCCCUACUCGCGUACUACCCGACUGCUGGGGCCAUCGAGGGGCCUCUUCCCGUUUCCCGGAAAAUACGCUCGCAAGCUUCGAGGCCGCCAUGCGUGAUGGUGCAGAGGGCAUCGAGAGCGACGUCCAUGUUUCCAAGGACGACGUUGUCAUCAUGUUCCACGAUCCAGAUUUGUCCCGAACGACUGACUCCAAGGGGUUCAUCAAGGACCGUGAAUGGUACGGGCAGGAUGGCAUGGAGCAUGUUCGGACCGUCAAGGAACCCAAGCAGUCUAUUCCGACGUUUGCAGAGACCGUGGCCCUGUUGAUGCAGCCCGAGAAUCAGCACGUCAAAUUUAAUGUCGAUGUCAAGCCUCAGAACGACCCCGAUAGACUUUUCUCCUUAAUGCACACUAUUAUUUCGGCACACGACGGUUGGGAAACGAAGCUAGCACCACGUAUCCUCCUUGGCCUCUGGCAUCCCCGAUUUUUGCCUGCAGCGAAGAGCCACUUACCUUAUUGCCGUCGUUCUUAUAUUGGAUGUGACACAACCUUGGCUAGGAAGUACUUCUGGGCCGAUUGCGACGCGUUCUCGAUGCACUUUGACUCCCUCACCAGUGGUGACGGCGAAAAAUUCAGGAAGGAAUGCAAAGCUGCCGGGAAGCAAUUGAUGGUAUGGACUGUCAACGAACCCCAUUACAUGAUGGAGGCUGUGAGAUGGGAGGUGGAUGCCAUCCUUACGGACACGACCAAGACAUGGCUAGAUAUGCGACAAGCUCUCAACGUUGAUUAUGACAAGAUUGGCGCGCAGUAUAGCCGGUUCUUUUUGUGGACGACGUGGAAAUUCUACGCGCCCAUCUUAUACCUGAGAAAUCAUCUCAUCCAGCUUCGCUUGGAGCGCAUUGCUGGGCCUUUUGACGUUGUUACCCAGGGCCCCAUUACCGUCAACUGA